UUUAUGGUGAAAUAAGAUAUUUCCUGCCCUGCGCCCAGUUCCCUUUUUGGGGAGUAUAAAGUGGAUGGUUUCUACAAGGAAUGUCACUGCACAGCUGAACUUCCCAGAAGAGGUUACUAGCCUAAAAAGAGCAAGAGGAACUCAAGAAGAUGAGCUCAGUAAAGACCAUGCUGUGUGCGGCCCUCCUCAUAACCUCUAUUGUGUUUGUGACUUGUGACUUUGGGAAGAUUGUCAGCUGUUGCACUCGGGUGUCCUCGCGCAAACCCAAAGACGUUCUUGUUAAUUUCUUGAUACAAAAGGAGGACCUUCCCUGUGUUGAAGCAAUAUUGUUUACCACAAAUGAGGGAAAGUUUAUCUGCUCCAGACCUAAAGCUCCCUGGGUUAGUAAGAAGAUGAAGGAAAUUGAGGCAAUGAAGGAAACAACCGUGAAUGAUAACUGAGGAGAACCUGCCAAUAAUCAAGUUGCCAUUAACCAGGGGGGAAAGUGCAUUUGUUGCUUGUAGCCCUAAUAAUGUAUAAUUUAUUUUUAUUUAAAAUUGAAGUUAAAUGUCUGUUUCCCAUUAAACUAAUUUAUGUAGUAUAUGAACAAAGAGCAGUAUAAUGCUAUUACUAUGUAACUAUGUGUAUUUAUGCAAGAUAUUCAUGGAUAAAACAACAGUAGGAUUAAUAAUACUUAAAUUAAGCAAAGUGUUUCUUGUGGUUGAAACAGAUUCAUUAAACUAUUUAUUUAUGAA